AUGCAAGCUUGAGCCGCUCAAAGUCUAGGCUCGAGCAUGGCAAAACUUGAGGUUUUUCUUCUGCCCCUGAAGCGUUGUACUGAACUCUGGCAAAUGUCCUUGCCAUCCCUUAUUUUACCUGAGAGACCGUCCAAGGUUCUGUUCCUUGACCGUAAUUACGAUUCAGCAUUAUUGAUACUUCACCUGAUUUUCCUUGAAGAUGGAUACGACCGUGGACUUUAGUCCCUACCGUGCCGAUGGCAAGCUUUAUGGCUUCGUCUGCGUUGUCACGGGCGCUGCUCAGCCUGUUGGACGGGCUAUCAUCGAGGAGCUGGCAGCUCACGGAGCCGCUUCUAUAUAUGCAUGCGACAAGACAGCCAGUGAUGAGACGUUCAAGCCUCUCGUCAAUAAGGUGCACCAAGAACACCCGAACACCAAGAUCAUUCCCUACCCGUUCAAUGUUGCCAAAGAAGAAGAGACUCUGGUCCUUAUUGACGAGCUCCUCAAUGCCUUUGGACGCCUUGACAUCUGGGUGUCAUCAGCAGGUCUGCUGGGACCGCCGUCCAUCAACGAAACGACACCGGCCGACCUUCAGCGGUGCUUCGAGGCACAUUCCAUGGCUCCCUUCUUUGCGCUCAAGUACGCGCCUCCCGCCAUGGCCAAACUGACAGGAAAGCAAUCUUACCCGAACGCGGCGCCCAAGAGCCAGAAGUACGGCAGCAUCAUCGUCAUCAGCAGCGUGGCAUCGACGUACGGCGGUUGCUGGGGGCCGUGCUAUACGAUGGCGGCCCACGCCGCGCUCGGUGUCGUGAAGGCCGGCGUUGCGGUGCUCAAGGGCUCGGGAGUGAGGAUCAACUGCAUUUCCCCGGGCCAGAUUGAUGUUGGUCUAGAUUUGAACGGGGUCGAUAUGAAGGGGAUGAACUCCCAGUUCCCGCCUGCGGUUUUGCAAGGAAAGGAAGCCUCCGAGGCAAGCGUGGGCCUCGAGCGACCAGGUAGUCCUCAAGAAGUAGCUCGAGUAGCCGGGUUCCUCGCUUCGGGCUUCAGCUCCUACAUCACGGGAGCAAACCUUGUGGUUGACGGCGGCUCUUCUGCCAUGAACCCGCUUACGAUACCCCUCGGCAAGGCGUAAGUCGGCGUUGAACAACGUCAAGGCGCGCCGCGCACAUGCUGGUCAUACGGGGAAUGUCCGUCCAAUCCGGGGAUCGAAUGUCAUGAGUGUAAGCAGCUCAACUAGGCAGGAAGUUUGGAGGCGGAAACGGACAUCUGCGAUGAUGGUUGAAGAGGACCGGAGGAAUCACGGCAAUUGCGGGUUUUUGGUUCCAAAACUGAUAGCAAAAAGAUUACUUUGAGGAAACGCAAACGGAAUUCGGAG